AUGAAGGCCGCCCUAGAGCUUUGCAUGCAAACCCUGAAGAUGCAUCUCCUCCAAGGUGCUCGACUGGUGUGUUUCCUUCCCCCAGGUGACGUUUUCCUUUUGCCGACUCAGGAUGAGAAGCAUCCUUUGCUCUAUGGGGUCUUCUCCACCCUGGGGUCGGUGUUCCGUGGCUCGGCAGUCUGCGUUUACUCCAUGGCUGACAUCCGCACGGUCUUCAAUGGGCCCUUUGCCCACAAGGAAGGACACAACUACCAAUGGGGGCCGUACACAGGACGUGUGCCCUACCCUCGUCCUGGAGCCUGCCCCGGAGGAACUUUCACCCCAGGCCUUCGCUCCACCCGGGAGUUUUCGGAUGAGCUGGUAACCUUUGUGAGGGCCCAUCCCUUGAUGUUCCAUGCAGUCUAUCCCCUCCAGCGCCGUCCCCUCCUGGUGAGGACCAAUGUCCCCUACAGCUUCACCACCUUGGCUGUGGAUCUUGUGGAUGCGGUGGAUGGGCGCUACGAGGUGCUCUUCCUUGGCACAG